UUAUGGUUUAAUCCAAUGACCCGCGCACGGUCACACUGAGACCGACCCGAGAACAACGUAGCUGGAGAAGAUCAUCAAUUGCAGUGCAGGAGAGGAGUUGCCGUUGGUGACGCAGUGAUCUCAUCCAAAUCAGGAGCAGGAGCGGCCGGAACGAUGGACUCAACCGCCCUGCCUUCGGAGCUGCUCGUGACCCCACAGCCGCUGGUUGGCUUCUGUGGGUUGGACACUUCACGGGUUGCGGUGCACAAGGCCGUUUGGGAGGCGUUCAGUGGGAGUCUGCAGCGCAAGGCCGCUGACAGGGCUGCCGUGCAGUACAAGCUACUGCCCCCCAACUACGAAUUCCCGGUAGCCAAGCCCAAGCGGGCCUCCUACGAAUGGUAUCACCCCAAGGGCAUACUCAAGCGCAACUGGAUGUUGAAGCACCUGCAUGUCCUGCCCUCGGUGGUGGUGCUGUUCCAGGACAUGGAGUGGAAUGACCUCCAGUGGACGGAGAAGCAGGUGCAGUGUGCAUCCAUUGUGCAGGCCCUAAAAAAUGCCCUGCAAGAGCGGAAUACCCGGCUUUGCCUGGUACUUUUACAAAAGGCAGCUCCAUUGCCUCCUGGAGAAGAUCUCCUGGCCGCAGAGCGAGCUGCCAGUUUGACCAAUGCCUGCGGAAUAACCAGCAAGAUGCUGUUCAUCCUACCCCACACGGAACACCUCACGGGCUACGCUCUGCGACUGGAGUCCGCCUUUCUGGACAUGGCCCAGUCCUACUAUGCCCUCAUGUCCAAGAGGAUACGCAAUCAUCGGGAUCAGUUGACGGCGGCGCACACCUCACUCAAGAUUCGUCAUCAGUUCAAGCUGGGAUUUGUGGCGGAGAUGCGUCAGGACUUUAGCACGGGUCAGAAACACUAUUUUCAGGCCUAUGCCAAUUUAGAUGAGAUUCGCAUCAAUGAUGGGAAUUGUCUGGAGAUUAAAACACUGGCCGGGUUCUUGAACUACAAAAUCUGUCGGCUUAUGUUUAAGCUAAAGACUCCAAGGGAUGCCAUCAACCAGUUCAUCAUCCAUGUGGAAAAGUACAAGUCGCGAGUGGGUUUCAAGGAUCUGGCCUUUGAGCAUCAUGCCUGGCUAAGCACGCAACACUCUGUUUUUGCUGAGCUGUUUUGCGAGGCCAUCAAGAACGGACUUCCAGCCCUGCAGACGCAACAUCCCGGGAUCUAUUACCACAAGGCGGCGGAGUAUGUGAUGAAGCGGCGUGAUUCCGCGCAGGAGGCCUAUGCUGCCAUGCAAUCCUCUGCCGAGGGAACUCCCGUCACAAAUCAGAAUCCCCUGUCUCUGUAUACGGAAUUCUUCGGCAUACGGGCGGUCAAAACGGGCGAUCUGGUGGCCGAGCAGCAGGCCAAUUUGCAGCUUUGUGACCAGGAGCGAGGCUUUAACCACUCGGCGGGAAUCAUAGCCCUGCUCAGCCAGGCCAUGGCUCAGUUCAAAAUCUACAAGUGCCUCAGGUUUCGCAAGAAACUAGCCAUCGACAUGGCCGAGGAGUACCUGAAGAGUGGAGAUCAUGCCAAGGCCUUAACUUUAUAUUCGCUAAUGCUGCCUGAUUAUCGCCAGGAGAAAUGGUCAACGAUAUUCACUGAUGUCCUGCUCAAGACUCUGCGUUGUGCGUUGCUCUCGGGUUCAGUGGCUGACUACAUUGCCUGCAGCGUGGAAGCUCUAUCCCUGCGUCAUCAUGGCGAGCAGUCAGAGCGGCUACUGCUGCUGGAGAACCUGUGGCAGGUGUUCCAGGGUGUGUCGCCCAUGACAAAAACUCAGUUAACGCCCGAGGCGCAAGCAAUGUGGAACAAUGCGCUCACCAGCGUGAAGUCGCCCAUUCAAAUUGAUUUGGAUAAGGUCAGUGAUGUGGUGGAAAUGUGUGCCACAUUCGAGCGAGUUCAGCUGAACAACGAUGACUUACUGCAGUUGCAACUUAUAGUGAGAGUACUCACAGAUGUUCCACUGAGGGUGCGCAACUUUCAUGUCAUUCUUGCCGAUGCGGCAAAUCCGCAAAACAGCUACAAACUGGAGGCCCUCAAGUAUUUCUGCUUUCCCAGCCUCACGCAAUUGCGUGGCCAAAAGGAGGAUGAACAGCAGCAGCCUAAGAACUUUGAGAAAAACAUGAGAUUGGAGCCGGACACCUACUACCAGCUGUUUUGCAGCACCGAAGCGCAGCAGUUCCACGAGAACACCCAGCUGCGCAUUGUCCGUUUGGAAGCCCACAUGGGCACUGACCAGGUGGCCGCCCUACUCACCUGCAGCUCCAACUACUCACGCCAGCUGUUCCGCCACCACACGCGCAGUCGCGAUCUCGACGACAACGUGACGAUCAACCCCAUUUGCUACAUUGCACCCACCUUUCAUCUGGACACGCAAACGCACCUUGGCCAUGGACCUGAGAACGGUGGUUCGAAUGAGGAGGCGGCAGUGGUGGCCACGAGAAUGCUGGUCAACGAGUACUAUCCGGUUGUGACCACCGUCAGCAAUCCGUACAAUGUCUAUCUGCAGAAUGUGGGCGUACACAUCAGUGUGCCCGUGGGUCUGAGGAAUAGUGUAUUCCUCACCACGGACAUUUCGCCGGGACGCCAGAAGUUGCACUCCCAAAUCCAAAUCGACGUGGGCGAGCUGUCCGCCCACGGGAGCAACACGGCCACCUUCUACAUUUUCAGCCUGGCGGAGGCCGAGAUCAAGCUGCAGCAGCGAUUGAGCUACACUCUGGAUGUGGACCGCGGCUCCGGUGGAGCAGGUGGUGGAGCUACCUCUGCCCGGGUCAGCACUGCCCCAAGCAGCUCGGAAUCCACUCCAGAUCACGUGGUGAAGAGUGUGGCCCAGAGUCUGGCUGCCAUUUCGCCUGUUCAGAUCGAGUACCUGGACGAGACGAGGUUGCGAAAGUCUCGCGAGGAUACGCUCACAGUGCGAUGCUACGGAGACUUCAAGUUCACCGCCCGUUUCUACACGCUGGACAGGAAGCCCCUCAACCAGGUGUAUCGGGGCGAGAACUUCCUCCUCAGGGCCAACACGGAAGUGGUGGCCGUCGAUGAUGUGGAGAUACUGGACAGCUUCUUUAUAUGUGAUCACAAUCUAGUGCAAUCGAACUACAGCUUUAAGCGGAAGAAAUACACGCAGAAGUACAGGGCUGGUGAGCAAUUGGAAAGUGUGAUAGUCCUCCGGACGAAUGCCACGCUGCGGGACUGGACGACUGCCCGGGAUCUGGAUCACCGUGGGAAACUGGAGGGCAAACCGGUGGCCAGUAAGUUCAUUCGCCCCCCCGUGAAGCCCUCCAGCGGCGAGGAGCCACUUGCGCCAACGCCUCCGGCCGGAAUGAGUGCCUACAUGAGCAAGAGUCUGGUGGCCAACAAGAUACCCACCACCAUGACCAUCAUCAAUAGCAACUCGGCGGUUUCCAAUGCCCUGCAGGUGGCCAAUGCGACUGCGGGUGUGAUGAGCAGUUCCCUGCACUCGGAUGAUGUGAAUGUGGCCGAGGAGGCCUUGGGUAACCAAGAGCAGCAAGGCCUGAAAACCACCCGACUCAUCUACAACAAGGCUUUGGAAGCUGUCCAGGGAACGGGCCAUUGUCGCGGUUUCAUCAAGGGCAUCUACACACUGGAGGCCAAUCCCUCCUCCGUGCCCAUUUUCGGCGUAUUCUGCAUUCGCUGGCGACGCGCCAAUGGCAAAAACGAGGAGAACGAGUCAAAGUUUGUGAUCAGCGGAUUGGACAUUGCAGAGCCACCUCUGAACAUCUACUGCACCAUCGAGGAGAAGAUGUUCGUCAAGAUGCCCAUGGCCUUCAAGGUGGUGCUCAAGAACCCCACCACGCAUGUGCUCCAUCUGAUAGCCAACUUGAGCAUCAGCAAGACAGAUAACUUCAUAUGCUCUGGUCACAAACAGCUGGACAUCUCCAUCAUGGCCUACGAGGAGAAGGAACUGGUCUACAACCUGUAUCCGCUGCAAGUGGGCUGGCAGGAAUUGCCAGUGCUGAGCCUGGAGUACAACACCAAGGCGGAUCCGCAGAAGAACGAUAGCCAGAAUGUCUUGCUCGAUGAACUGGUGCAACGGGCACUGCCCAAACGAGUCUUUGUGCUGCCACCUCUGAAGCAACAGAACAAGUAGGAAUGGAUGAUAUCCAGCGACGAUGCCGCUUUAGUUUAAGUGUUUUAAAGUUUACAAUAUUACCACUGGUGUGUAAAAAUGAACUACGCCUACUCUCCCUCUUUAUUGCUAAUAACAAACAUAUACAUUAUAUAAAUUA